ACUGAAUGUAUAAUAAUAUUUUAAACUAAUUUCGAAAUUAGUGAAAAUAUUUAAAUAUAAUUUCGAAAAUGAAGAUCUUGUAAAAAUCUUUUCAAACAGAUUUGUUAGAUUUUUAAAAUAAAUAUAUUUAUAUUUAAAAUGAAAAGAUAUUAAAAGAUAUUAUGAUUAAAAUAUUUUAAAAAUUCUAUUUAUUAUUAGUCUGAAUAAAAAUGUAGUAUGAAUUAUUAUGAAUAGGUUCAUUAGGUUCAUUUUUAAAAAAAUCACACAUGAAUCAUGGUUGUGACUUCUGUUUUAAUAUAUAAGAUGUAAAUUACUUUUUCUGUAAGCGAAGAACUAAACUAACACUCGUAAUAUUUGUAUGUUCAUUGUUUCUAACUUAACAUAAAGCCCCAUUACUUUUUUGUAAGCGAUCGAAAAACUAACACACGUAUUAUUUUUAAUACCUUACACACGUAAUUUAUUUUGUUUUUAUUUUAAAUUUAGUUUAUUUAAAAAUCAAAAUAUUUUUCAUUUAACAAAAGUAUAAAAAAAUUGAAAAAAAAAUUGAAAAUAUAUUUUCUAUUUCAUAUAUUAUAUAACCUAAACAAACUUUAAAUUUCAAUUAUUAAAAAUAGAACAGAGCAGUUGAUUAAACCAGUCAAACAGUGACUCGUUCUUCUGUCCGGUUACGGAUUGCGUUAUAGUAAAAACGGUAAAAUUUCUCAAAACCGGUGAUCCGAUUCACUUCAAUAUCAAAACUCAAGUUUCUACACUUAAUUUGAAAUAAAAACAUUAAUUUUUAAAAAUAUUUCAUGUUAUUUUAAUACUUACGUAGGAAAACUGCAAAUAUGUUUUCAAUUAAACAUUAUCAUGCACCGCUUCUUAUAUCUAAACCGUAUUUAUUCUGCAAAACAUAUAAAUUAUAGUUGCAGUGCACUUUAUAUUAUAAAUCCGCGAUUACCAUUUAAACCCUUAAUUGUUUAAAUAAACAUUUUUAUUAUUCGGAUUGCAAUAAGUAUAAAUUCUUGUACUAUCAAUUUCAACUUUUAAUAAAAUUAGGGGAAAUGGGAGUGAUAGGUGAUUGGGCCAUGAAGAGUGGAGACUAUAGGUGACACAUGCAUUGUGGUGGCAUGUGCUCAGACCCACUCACCUUUCACAUUAUUCUCUUUUCAGGUCACCUCCACAAAACUUCUCCUUUUCUUGAAAAAAUGUAAUAAUAACUUAUCAGUUUUGCAUAGAAGUAUGCUAACUUAAUUCUUUCAAGACCUGGAUUUCCUAAACAUUGUUUUUCCAAAUUUAGGUUUCACACGUAUAAAUCAAAGUACAUCUAACCAACCGUUUAUUCUAUUUGACACAAUAUGAAAUUCAAAAGCCUUAAUUUUCUUACAUCUAUGUUUUGCCAUAUAAUUUCAUCAACUCUAGAAAUUAGUAUUUAAGUAAUUAUAAAUCAAUUUUCAUUCAUUAUUAAAAAGACACAACUAAUGUAAAAAAGUUUUGGAUUGAAUAAAUUGUAUAUUCAAUUCAACAAAAUUCUGUAAAAGAAAGUAAAUUAAAAUUUUCCUUCUGGAUUGAUGAUUUUUGUUUGUCAACUAUUAUCAUGGACGACUGUUAAUAUGCAAAAACUAAUUUAACCACAUUCUAUCAUUCGAAAUACUUUUAUUAUCAGUUUUCUCCGCACCAAACUAAGUUCUGUUCUACAGUUUGCAGUGUUUUUUACUGGAACUUUUAGCGAUCACUGUAUUUUUCCAUACAUAAUACGUCGAUCUAUGAUAAGUGUGAGAUAACAAAUUAAAUCUUACAUUGGAGAAUUAGACAAGGAGUAUGUAAUAUAUAAAGAGAUGUCUAACUCUAAUCAGUACGAAACCUUUUGGAAAAGAAACCAAAAAUAAAAUCAUAUGGGAUUGCCGAAGGCCCAAAGUGGACAAUAUCGUACUAAACGUACAAUAUAGAAUUGGACACGAGAUUUCACAGUUGCAACAAUUGGUAUCAUAGCGUGGUUGACGAGAAAUCUGCAAGAAGAUCAAAAUACCUUUCGAGUAGGAAUGAGACCCAUCGAGUUAGGAUUGGGAGAUGUGUGUGGCAAAGUUCAAGUCAAAAGAUCCUGGAAGUCAGUUGUGGAACACAAGAUGAAUGGGAUCCUUAGUUUGAGGAGGAGAAUGUGAGAUAACAAACUAAAUUCCACAUUGGAGAAUUAGACAAGAAGUAUCUAAUAUAUAAAGAGAUGUCCAAUUUUAGUAGUACGAGACUUUUUGGGAAGGAAACCAAAAGUAAAAUUAUGCAGGUUAAAGCUCAAAAUAGAUAAUAUCGUACUAAUCGGACAAUAUAUAAUUGGACACGAAAUUUCGUAAUUCGUAGAUGUACAAAAACGAUGGUUAUGAUUAAUUUUAUAUGUAAUACAUGACAUCAUGAAAGAAAGCUUUAUGUAUAGCAUGAUGAAAAAUCCACAGAGCAAGAUUUAUCCAUAACCUAAAAAAAAUUGCAUUUUUCAGAAACUGAUUCCGGUGAAAAUGAAUUUAUCACAUAUGAAUCACUAGUCCACUUCAUCAGAAAGAUUUUAGUCUUAAGAAGAACUUAAAUAUUUGUUAAUCAUAUGUAAAUAAAUAAAUAAAGAGUUAGAGAAUUUUAGAUUUAUUAUUUUAAAAACUCAACUAAAAAUUUGGGAGAAAUGGGCUCGUCAGUCCUCAUUCACUCUUACAGGGAAACCCAGAAGAUCUGAACCUAAUGGUGGGCACUGGGCAAUAACCAUUUACAAUGGCAAACAGAACGCAGCAAUGAUCAAUGCGUUGAAACUGAUGAAAAAGAUUUGUGUCUUUUUCAUCAAUAUCUUGUUCACCCCACCUGAAAAUCCAGGCUCUCAAAAGAAAAACUACACAACCUGUAGAGUGUUCAAAUUACCUUUCAGCAACAAUGAGUUAUUCUCAUCAAAGCAUGGGUUCUGGUAGUAGAAAUGCAAGGGGAUAUGAAUUUGGAAGGACUUAUGUUGUGAGGCCUAAAGGAAAGCAUCAAGCCACUCUAGUAUGGCUUCAUGGUCUUGGGGACAAUGGCUCUAGCUCGUCUCAGCUCAUGGAAAGCUUGCAUCUUCCAAAUAUAAAAUGGAUUUGCCCUACUGCUCCUACGCGUCCUGUUUCAAGUCUUGGUGGAUAUACCUGCACUGCUUGGUUUGAUGUUGGGGAAAUUUCUGAAGACAGUCAUGAUGAUUUGGAAGGUUUAGAUGCCUCAGCUUCACAUAUUGCUAACCUUUUGUCCUCUGAACCAGCAGAUGUUAAAGUGGGGAUAGGAGGUUUUAGCAUGGGAGCAGCGAUAUCUCUUUACUCUGCCACUUGCUAUGCUCUUGGACGUUAUGGAACUGGCCACACAUACCCAAUAAACCUACGAGCUGUUGUAGGACUCAGCGGCUGGCUUCCCGGUUGGAAGAGCUUAAGGAACAAAAUAGAAUGUUCGUAUGAGGCUGCAAGGCGUGCUGCAUCGUUACCAAUCAUACUUACACAUGGAACUGCCGAUGAUUUGGUUCCUUAUAGGUUUGGAGAGAAAUCUGCGCAGUCUCUUGGCAUGGCUGGAUUUCGACAAGCUGUCUUUAAGCCAUACGAAGGACUUGGUCACUAUACUGUUCCCAAAGAACUGGAUGAAGUCGUUCAGUGGCUCACAACAAGGCUCGGGCUAGAGGGCUCACGCUAAACAGUACAGACUGCCAUGCAUCUAGCUAUAUAGGCCCUAUGGUCGACCACAAAUAACUUGAGAUAGUAUAAUGUAUAAUGGGUGAGUUUCUUGGGGGGGGGGGGGGGGGGGGGGGGGUGGGGUGGGUAUAUACAGUUCAUGGUUCGUUGUUUUGUGAUUUAUUUUUUCGCUUGUUCUUUUCUCCAUGUUGGAUUCUUGAUCAUGAAUAAAGGUCUUUAACGCUA